AUGUCUUCCACCAACCAGCACGGACAGGGUGCCUCGCACGCCACUGGACAGAGCGCCGUCCCCAACAAGGUCCAGGAGGCCGCACCUAAGGGUCUUGAGGAGAGCCUCCCCGAGGGUAUCCACCCCACUGGCAGCAACCCAAACAGCCAGUCUACAAGCAAGACUCACGCUCUUAAGGAUGGUGAGGACUCAAUCGUCCCCAAGAAGGUCCAGGAGAUCGUUCCCGAAUCUGUCGAGCGAGCUCUUCCUAACUCCAUCCACAACACCGGAGACCAGUAA